CUCGAGCAACAGAUUCGCGACGUCGAGCGCGCGACGACGAAGACGACGAGAGAGAUCAAGCUCUGCGCGAAGAGAAACGACCAGAAAAGCGCGCGCGCGCUGGCGAAAGAGAUCGUGCAGGCGAGGAAGGCGAUUGAAAAGUUGUACACGAGCAAGGCGCGCGCGAGCUCGGUGGAACGCGCGCUGACCAGACGGGCGGCGACGCAGACGAGCGUAAAAACGCUCGAACGCUCGAGCGAAGUGCUGAAAGCGAUGAACGCGCUGGUGAAAGUGAGCGCGGUGCGCGAUCAGGCGAGAGAAUUGAGCCGGGAGAUGACGAGGGCGGGGAUCAUGGAGGAACUCGUGGAGGAGGCGCUGGCGGAUGAUUUAGAGGACGAAGACGAGACGGAGCGCGCGAUUGAGGAUAUUUUAAAGGAAAUCGCGGGGGAG